UUGGGGACUUGGCCUGGACGGACUUGAUGGGGCAUAGGAGAAGCGCUUGGCUGGAGGAGCGAGAGGACCCUUCUGUAAAAACUGAGAAGACGGCCCUUCCCUGUGAUGAUGACAGCUCCCAGUUAGGGUUGAGCCAGUCCCAGGUGCAGCUUGUAGACCAGGCAGGGCAGGUGGGCCCCGCGCCUGCAGCACAAGCAGACCGCCCAGCAUGGGACAGCAAGCUCCAGUACGUGCUGGCUCAGGUGGGGUUCAGUGUGGGGCUGGGGAAUGUGUGGAGGUUCCCCUACCUUUGCCAUCAGAAUGGAGGAGGGGCGUUCAUGUUGCUGUACAUCAUGAUGUUGCUGUUGGUGGGGGUUCCCCUCUUCUUCAUGGAGUUGGCGGCAGGCCAGUGUAUACGGCAGGGAAGCAUUGGGGUGUGGAAGCACAUCUCUCCUAACCUGUCUGGGAUUGGCUACUCCAGUUGUGUGGUCUGCUUCUUUGUGGCUCUCUACUAUAAUGUGAUCAUCGCAUGGAGCCUGUUUUAUUUGGGCAACUCCUUCCAGAAUCCCCUGCCUUGGCAGCAGUGUCCAAUCGACAUGGCCACAAAUACGACUGUGAAGGAAUGUGCAGGUACCUCCCCGACCUCCUACUUCUGGUUCCGGAAGGCUCUGGAUAUCACUGACUCUAUAGAAGCAUCGGGCACGAUAAACCCUAUCAUGACAGGCUGUCUACUAGCUGCUUGGACUAUUGUCUGCUUGGCUAUGAUCAAAGGAAUCAAGUCUUCUGCCAAGGUUAUGUAUUUCUCCUCAGUUCCCUACGUGGUGCUUUUUAUCUUCCUUAUAAGAGGCUUGAUGUUGGAUGGAGCAAUGGAUGGAGUCACUUUCAUGUUCUACCCUAAAUUGGAGAUUUGGGGGGAGGUCCAGGUGUGGAGGCAAGCUGCUACUCAGGUGUUCUUUGCCCUGGGAUUGGGUUACGGUUCAGUCAUUGCUUACUCCUCCUACAACCCCAUCCACAACAACUGCCACAGGGAUGCUCUCAUGGUCUCCUGCAUCAACUUCAUGACCUCUGUGCUCGCCUCACUGGUUGUGUUUGUUGUGCUGGGCUUUCGUGCCAAGAACAUUGCCCUGGAAUGCGUGGCCAAAAACCUUGGCAUCCUAACAGUCAAAGCUUCUUCUGAGGUGAAUCCUCAUUGGUGGCCCUGGUUCAAUAUGUCAGACCCCAGCUCUGUCAGCAUACCUGAGUACAGGGAGUGGUACCAUCACUAUGGCUCCCAGGUGGCACCUAACAUCACUGACUGUAACCUGGAAGAAGAAAUGAAUAAGGGAGUAGAAGGGACGGGACUGGCGUUCAUAGCCUUCACUGAGGCCAUAGCCUUGUUCCCAGCCAGCCCACUGUGGUCCACGCUCUUCUUCCUCAUGCUGCUCAACCUGGGCCUCAGCACCAUGUUUGGGACCAUGCAGGGAAUCCUGACUCCCCUCAUGGAUAACUUCCAGCUGCUGGGCCGACACCGCACUCUGCUAACUGUGUGUAGCUGUGCUCUAGGUUUCCUGAUUGGCCUAUUGUUCACCCAGCAUUCAGGCAACUACUUUGUGGCAAUGUUUGAUGAUUAUUCAGCCACGCUCCCCCUGAUUAUUGUGGUUAUCUUUGAAACUAUAAGUGUGGCCUGGGUUUAUGGUGCAGAUCGCUUUUUAGAUGACAUUGAGAUUAUGCUGAAAUGGCGUCCCCCAGUGGUGUAUAAGUACCUGUGGAAGUAUGUGUGCUUGUUCGCCAUGGUGGGUCUGCUGUGUGCCAGUCUGGUCCGCAUGGUCUUGAAGCGGCCCACCUACACGGCAUGGAACCAUGAAACAGCCUCUGAGAGCAGUCUAGAGUACCCUGGCUGGGCCAUGGCUAUGAUAGCUCUGCUGAUACUGUUUGCUUCCCUGCCUGUGCCGGUCGGGAUCAUCCACUCUGUGCUUCAAAGCCGUGGAGUUCAGGGCCUGGCAGGGGAGGAGAGGAGCCAGGAGCUGCCUCAUGAGAGGUACACCAAGUGCAACUCCAGUGAGCUUUUGAACUCCCAGCUGUCCUCAGAGGAGGGGGGAGGUCGUCCUAGGGCCUCCUUCCUACCCCUGGGUCUGGACCACUACAGGCUGCUCCCUCAACAGGAGGAGCUGGAGGAGGAGGACCAAGAGGAUACAGGGGUGUGAGCCAAGGAGAAAACAACUGAUGAUGCUGUUUCACUGCAUGGUACCGGCUCCAUGGUACCAGCUCGACUUUACUGGACUCGCUAGAUUGGUUUUCCACUGCAGAUAGACCCCCCCCAGCAGGUGGUCAGUCUCUCUCGCUGGAUCUGUUUAUUGGUAACCACAGGAACCUCCACACCCCCUCAGUUGAUAACCAUGUUUUGUGUGUUGACAUUUAAUAGUCGUCCAGUGAAUAGAAAAAUUAUGGUCACUAUUAUAGCUGUGCAAAAAAAAAACUUUAACAAAAAAAGAUUUAUUUAGGAUUUCCCGUGUCGCGAUUCUCUCUGAACAAUCAGUAGUCUGCUGUGUUUUCACGUCACCUUUUGGGUAUUGCAUCAGCUCGCUUGGGACCUUGACGGAAGUGUUCCAAGAAAAGUGCCAAACCCGAGGUACCAAAUAUGCGCAGUGGAAAACCAACAAAGGCGGGGAGAGCCGGUACCAUGCGGUGGAAAAGUACCAUGAGAGUAGGGGGAGAUACAAAAGAUAUAUAUAUAUAUACAGUAUAUAAAGUGUAUGCACUGUGUUAAUCAUGUGUAUAAUUAAUAACAUACACUUCUAUAUGUGUUUAGUUCUGCACAGUCGUUUGGUAUACAACUACAUAGUUGUACAACUGUAGUAAAUACACACAUGAUUAACACAGUGCAUACACUAUUAUGUAUCUGUUAAAUUU